AUGAAUAUGAUACCUACUCCUAACAUGUUCAUUGAUCAACUGAUCACAGAAUUGGGAAAUUCAAAUCUAAAACCAUUGAUGUUAACAUUACACUGCCUAUUCCCAAAUGACUUUCUCCCUGCCCUUGAUAUCCUCGACCGCAAACUAGUACGUCGAAUUAGAUCGGAUUGUGCAGAAAUAGAGGAUAUCUUCAUCGUGAUAUCUGCAGCACCUUCAUCCCCAUCCCAAAAGGGCUACGAGGUUCGGCUGCGUGCCUGGAAUUGCAGCUGUCCUACAUUCACCCUGUCUGCAUACCGAGAUCAACCCCCGGCGAAUCAUCCGGCAAACGAACGAAAUCAGUUGCCCUACUCAUUUGGCGGAACUGUGGCUCGUGGUAUGGCUCGGGUGUCACCUCCUACCUGCAAACAUAUCCUAGCCUGUAUUCUGCAUACACGGUGUCCUGAGCUGUUCGGGGUUGACGGGGAUGGCAGAUUCGCCGUUUCCAUGGAGGAAUUGGCGGGCUGGUGUGCUGGCUGGGGUGGUUGA